GCUCCAUCGUGUGGUCUUGCUGCUGUCCAUGUGUUGGAACAUCCUGGGUGUUCCACACGGUCAUGAUUGGAACACACCGCGGCCGGGGGAGAAGUGUGGUUAUGAGAGCUGCACUAAGGCAAAGGAAGGUUUUCUAAACGUUCAUAUAGUACCUCAUACACACGAUGAUGUUGGAUGGCUUAAGACUGUGGACCAGUACUAUUAUGGAAGUCGCAAUGACAUACAGAAAGCUGGCGUGCAAUAUAUUUUGGAUUCCGUGAUCAAAGAACUAUGGGAAAACAGCAAUAGAAGGUUUAUAUACGUAGAGACAGCGUUCUUCUGGAAAUGGUGGACGCAGCAGUCUGAUGCUGUUCAGCGGAAGGUCCACGCGCUGGUGCGCCAGGGUCGGUUGGAGUUCGUCGGCGGGGCCUGGAGUAUGAAUGAUGAAGCCGCAGCCCACUACCAGAGCAUCAUCGACCAGUUCACCUGGGGCCUCAAAAAGCUGAACGAUACCUUCGGAUCCUGUGCCUUGCCCCGUGUGGGAUGGCAAAUAGAUCCAUUCGGCCAUUCCCGGGAGCUUGCCUCGUUGCUGGCAGCUAUGGGCUACGACGGACUGUUCCUGGGCCGUUUGGAUUAUCAGGACAAGCGGGCCAGGCUGGCUGAGAAACGGAUGGAGAUGCUCUGGCGAGGGGAUGAUGACCUUGGUAAAACAUCGGAUAUCUUUACCGGAGCAUUGUACAAUACAUACUCGCCCCCGCCCGGGUUUUGUUUCGAUGUUCUGUGCAACGAUGAACCUAUUGUAGAUGAUGUUAAUUCUCCUAUGUACAACGUCGACAAACGGGUGUCAGAGUUUCUGAGUUACGUGGAAACCCAGUCACAGAGAUACAGAACUAACAAUGUUAUAUUGACCAUGGGUGGCGAUUUCACAUACCAAGACGCUUCCAUGUGGUACAUUAAUUUGGACAAACUGAUCGAAUAUACAAAUUUGAAGGCCGCCAAAGAGAAUUUGAAUGUCACACUGUUUUAUUCAACGCCCAAUUGCUACCUCAAAGCUGUCAAGGACGCCGAUCCGGUGUUGCCUACUAAACAGGACGACUUCUUUCCGUACGCGAGCGACCCCAAUGCAUAUUGGACGGGGUAUUUCUCGUCCCGCCCCACUACCAAGUACUUCGAACGUGAAGGGAACAACUAUCUACAGAUGGUGAAACAGUUACAAGUGUUGGCUGAUUUGCCAGAUCACAACCUUCCGGUGUUGGACGAGCUGAGAAGUGCUAUGGGUGUCAUGCAGCAUCAUGACGCGGUGACCGGAACAGAGAAAGAGCACGUCACUCAUGACUACGAGAGGCUGCUGGACCAAGCGAUUGAAGACGCGCUGAUCAUCGCCAGGCAGGCUUUUAACAAAGUGGCACAAGGCGAUGCUCUCAAACCAACGGUGUUGUCUUACGAUCGGUGCCGGCUGAAUGAGACCAGUUGUUCAGCGUCGGAGAACAGCAAUCAGUUUGUGGUGACAGUAUACAAUCCCCUGGCGUUCGCUGUUGACGAAACUAUUGGUGUGCCGGUCCGCGACGGCGAGUAUAGUGUAUACGAUUCUGAGGGUACAGUACUCAAAUCGCAGUUACUCGACAUAACAUCGGCCGUACUAAACAUACCCACCAGACGGUCUAAAGCUACCCACGAACUGUUUUUUAUCGCCAAACUGGAAGCACUAUCAAUUAAUUCAUAUUACAUAAAGAAAACAUCCAAAAAAGCCAAAAGGCAGACAGGAAAUAAUAAAAAAAUGGAUGAUAUUAAUGAGUACAAUGCAAAUAUUAAUAAUUACUGGCGCAAUGUUAAAGAUAAAAUAGAAAUUGAUAUGCGAAGUCUAGAAAAACAGGACGUUGAUAAUACAAACAAAAAAAUGGUACCAGACAUCCCUGCAACUAUGAAUAGGGAAGAUAAAUUUGUAAAUAGAGGAAAUAUAGAUAUUAACGUUUUGAAAGAUAAAGGAGAACGUGCUAAUCAAGAUGUAGAGGAGUUUGAGAAGUUGCUGGAAGAGGAGAAUAGAAGAAUUGAGACGACGAGGCGGAUAAGGGCAGGGUUUGAUAAGAGUUAUCCGAAUUUGAAUGGCGAGGAAAUGAGAAUGCUGUCAGAUGAUCCGAUGAUUGUGGAACAGUAUGAAGAUAAUGAGGUCUCUAUACAGAAAAAUGGCAUUCAUAUCGCCGCUGAUAACAAUGGAGAAAGAAUAACCAUCCAAAACAGAGAUCUUAGCUUUGAUUUAUCCUUCUUUUACUAUCCCGGUUGUUAUGGAGAUAACAGGGAAUUUAUUAACAGAUCAUCUGGAGCUUAUAUAUUCAGACCGAACGCUACAGAAGCUAUUGAACUUGAAACGAUAAAUAGAUCUAAAGUAGACGGUGAUAUUGUAUCAGAAAUUAGAACUACGAGAACGCAUAAUGUUAACAGCGUUAUAAGAAUUUACGAGACCUCUACAUAUAUUGACCAUUACUUCGUUAUAGGCCCUAUACCUAUAGAAGAUGGUAUAGGAAAAGAAUACGUGUCCAGGUAUACUUCAAAUCUGCGCAACACUGGUGGAUUUUAUACAGACUCAAAUGGACGGCAGAUAAUAAAAAGGAAAAUUAACAAUAGACCGCAAUGGAAUUUGACAAUAGAAGAGCCAAUAGCUGGUAAUUACUACCCUGUAACUAACUUCAUUGCAAUUCAAAGCGAGGAUAAUAUUUUAUCUGUAGUCACAGAUAGAUCUCGCGGCGGUACUUCGUUGAAAGAUGGUGAAAUAGAACUUAUGCUGCAUAGGAGGUUGCUUCACGAUGAUGCUUUCGGUGUUGGUGAGGCAUUAAAUGAGACUGCUAACGGUAUAGGCUUAGUAGUUAGAGGGUAUCAAAGAAUAUAUCCAGUGCAACCUGAAGGUAAACUAAUGAAUGUUAAAGCUCUUAAAAAUCAUUUGCAUCCAAUUGUUUUUGUGUCCAAUGCUGAUAAUUUAGAUAUAAAUGAUUGGUAUAAACUAAGGAACAAAUACACAUGGGCGCAGCGUUCCGUUGACGGAGUACAUUUGCUAACUUUGGAACCAUGGAAUGAGAAUUUGUUACUAAGAUUAGAAAACAUUAACGCAUUUAAGAAAUCAGUUAAAGUAGACUUGAACAGUAUAUUGAAGAAUAUAAAAAUUAAACGUAUUAAAGAAACAACACUGGCCGGGAAUCAAUGGCUGAAUGAUAAUCAUAAAUGGGAGUGGAGAAAGGAGGGUAAAUUCGUUAAGUCAUUUAAUGAUGCGUAUGGUAACGCUGGAUAUGAUGUUAAAGCUGAUGAUGAUGAUGAUGAUGAUACAGAUGAAAAAGGUUUGAUUGUAAUUAAACCUAGACAGAUAAGAACGUUCAUUGUAGAAUAUGAUUACGUUAAUUAAAUUUUAGCAGUGUAAACUUUAUUAUUGAAUACAGUAAGGUCUAUAAUGAUUUGUCGUUCUCGUAAAGAUGUAUUUAGACAGCUUUUGCACUAGAAUCAAUCAAAUCAAAAUAUGUUUAUUCAUGUAGGUCUAUUACAGACUCUUAUGAUAUGUCAAAUCUGCCGUCAGUUCGGACUGCUUUCGAAUUGAGAAGGACUGACAGGAAACUCAGCUCGUAUUCUUUUUAAAUAUUGUUUACAAUAAUACAGAUUCAUUUUUAAAUUCAAAUUUGGGAGAAUAGAGUGAGUGCAUAUGCUAUUGCAAUUUUGUCAAUAGCAAAUAAUCUAAUCAGUGUUCGUAACCCGAACGGACCAGGUCUACAAGCAACACCAGUUCACGAGUAUGACGAAUGAGGAAUAUCGCUGCUUAUUUGUUAUAAGACCAGUAAUUUGAAUUUUUUAAUUGGUCACACCUAUUUUAGUAUUUUUUUUUGUCUUCUAUAAAUGUAACAAUUUGUCUCCUAACGCGGAUUGCGAAAUUUUGAGAACCUUUGCCUCGGUACGGGUCGUUGGGUUUGGACCUAUUAAUGUGAGCCCAAAUGUUAGGGGUGGACAACCCUUAUCAUAUAGGGUAGUGGCCGAUUCUCAGACCUACUGAAUAUGCAUAUAAUAUUUCAUAAAAAUAUGUCAAGUCAUUUCGGAGGAGUAUGGUAACUAAC